AUGAAAAUUAAAAAAAUUACAUGGAUUAGAAACCAAUGUCUGCUCAUGAAAAUGCCUCCUACUCUUGAAACCGCUCAUUUCGCAACUAAGUUUAUUAGAGACAGAGAAGUUGGUUUAAGACCAAGAGCUGGUUCAACAAACCAGUUUAUGAGAGGUCUUUAUAAUGCAUUUGCACCUUGCACUUCUUGGGAUCAUAAUGAAAGUUUACAGAAUGCAGCUCCAGGCGGUAUAUUCAAUUUGGAGUUCUCUCCUGAUGGAUCGUUACUUGUAGCUGCUUGUGAGAAGAGAAGUAUUCUUAUGUUUGAUCCUUUAUCGAGACAACUCCUGAAUACUGUGAAUAAUGCGCAUUUAGAUUGUGUUAAUUGUGUUAGGUUUUUAGAUUCGAGAGUGUUUGCGACCUGCAGUGAUGACAGUACCGUGGCGUUAUGGGAUGCUAGGAAUUUGAAAAACCGAAUAAGGACGUUGAAUGGACACUCUAAUUGGGUUAAAAACAUCGAGUUUUCCCAAAGUGAUGGACUACUUGUGACAUCAGGAUUUGAUGGUGCUAUUUACACCUGGGACAUUAACAGUUAUACGGAAAGUGGAUUUUUAUACAACCGUGUAUUUCAUACUAAUGGUUUAAUGAGAACUCGUCUAAAUCCUGAUGCUAGUAAAAUGAUAAUUUGUACCACAGGUGGCUAUCUUAUUUUAAUACACAAUUUAGAUCUUCGUACGCUCGCUAAAGAUCUCGAUGGAUUUAAGCCAAACAUGUACAGGUUAAUGCAGUUAAGUCAAACAACGAUCCCGGUAGCAGCUAAUUUCACGCAUCUCUUUUCUAAAAAACGGAAAAAGAACCGUAUAGAGUUUUUAACAGAUUUCCCUGAGGGUGAUGAUGCAGAGGUGGUUUCCUCCCUUCAGGUUCAUCCUCAAGGAUGGUGUGCUCUAAGUAGAAACAUUUCAAAUGAUGAAACUUCCGAGUGGACCUGUGUCCACGACAUACAAGACACCGAAGCUCGAAGUAUCGAUUCUAAUGAUCAAUCUCCUGAGCUGUCACCUGCGGAAGAUUCCGAAACUGAAGUCGAACAACCCGAUACAACCGAGAUGGCUUCUCUGGUGAUAGGUCUUAACUCUCGAUCGCCGCGCAUCCUGUCCCACAGCGAAGGGGCUCGGCUUCCUCGAAGGGUUUUGAGGAGACAAAACGCAUUCCGUGGUUUCCGAGCACAAGUUCCGCCUGAUUCAUCGCCUCGUCGUGAGCUGACUGUGACCUCCACCGAUGUUUGGGAAGCUUUGAUCGCAAUUAGAGAAGCCCGUGCGAGAAGAGAAAGAGAAAGAGCUGCGGCGGCAGCAGCGGCUGCUAAUAACGAGAUCUAUAAUGGUGGUGAAGAUUUUACUGAACCAAGACUACGAAUUGUUCGAUUGUCUACUGGCAUCAACUAUGGGGUCAGGCAGAGAGAUCCUAGUAUUAAUGCUCCUUCUAUUUAUGAGGAUAAUCCUCGAAGGGGCAAUGAACUCGUACCGUAUCGAGAAAUAGAUGAAGUAGCAUCUUCUUCACUAGGAAGGAACUACGUCGUCCUCAACAGGCCUGUCAUCCGGGGAGGAUUUAAGAUGAAAGUUCCGAAAAAUCAUACGAUCCAUCAAAACGUCCCGAGGUUGACGCAUUACAUCGAAGAGACCAACGUUGGUAAAGGAUUCAUUAAAGAGCUCUGCUUCUCAGCAGAUGGUCGCCUCAUCUGCUCUCCAUACGGAUACGGAGUUCGCCUUCUCGCCUUUUCCCCCGAAUGCUCAGAAUUGUCGUCGUGCGUGCCUAAGAACGGACCGGUGAAACUCUUCGAGUUAGGGACCAACGUCUGUCAUACGGACAUUGUCGUUAGUACAAAGUUUUCACCAAGGCACUGCCUUCUGGUGUCGGGGUGUCUAACUGGAAGAAUCGUGUGGCAUCAACCGGUCUUGUAG